AACCAGUGUGGCGCACAGACAGGCGGCAGCCCUCAGAAAGUGGGAAGUUUUCGCCAAAGGAUUCUGUGUAAAAAUUAAUCACCUUCAUGUCGACUCUGUUGGAUACUAACCCGCCGAUGCUAUGGUUACCUUUAUUACGAUCUUACAGGUGAAUCUAGUGAUGUCCAUCCUGCUGUAUGUGAUGGUCCUCGUGUACCUCUAUGGUAUCCAGGCAACCAACAUGGACAGCAGUCGCCAUGGGCAACAGCAGCAGCAGCAGCAGUCAAGUCCCGACCCUUUAAACUCCCUCAUCAUCCAGCUGCUUCAGGCUGACCUGACAAGGGGGAAGAGUCGGGGCAACCAGAGCCAGCAGGGGAAGAGCAGGGACACGGAGCCGCAGGACACGCUGCCUCCUCUACUGAGCGCCAACUUUCCUUUAGAGGAGCAGGGAGACACGGAGCAGUGGGGGGCAGGAGGUCGCAGUGGCGGGAGCAGUGAUGGAGUCAUGGACCAGCAGGUGAUGCUGUUGAACACUGACCUCCUCAGGCAGCACAAGCGGUACAACUCACCUCGGGUGCUGCUGAGCGACCGGCCGCCACUGCAGCCGCCGCCGCUUUACCUCGCAGAUGAUUUUGUGAGCGGUGGACCAGACGGGGCGGCGGCAGGAAACAAGACACGAAAGAAGCGUUACGCUGAACACAAGAGCUACCGGGGGGAAUAUUCUGUUUGUGACAGCGAGAGUCAGUGGGUGACGGAUAAAACCCAAGCAGUGGACACCAGGGGGGACCCAGUGACUGUUCUGGCCAAAAUUAAAACCAGUGCCACGCAGGACAUCAAACAGUACUUUUAUGAGACACGCUGUCGGACCCCCAGGCCCUUCAAAGGGGGCUGCAGGGGCAUCGAUGACAAGAACUGGAACUCACAGUGCAAGACAACGCAGACUUAUGUGCGAGCGUUGACGCAGGUUCGCAAUUCAGUGGGCUGGAGAUGGAUACGCAUAGACACUUCCUGUGUUUGCGCGUUGUCAAGGAAACGUCAUAGGACGUAAACAAAACAAGACAAGCCCUGCUGGGGACUACCUGUUUGGAAUUCUACAUCCCAUAUAGGAUUUUAUUUCCGGGUCACAGUGCUCCUCACCACAGGAUUAUGCGUCAUGGUGGCGAACAGCAACAUUCUGCUAUAAAGUGAUGCUUCUACUGAAGAAAUCUUGGGUCCAUUUAAAGGAUAUUUCACAUCAACGUGCUGCAAAUCCACAAGCUGGUGCAGCACUACUGUUACGGAAGAACUCACCUGAGAGGGUCUGGGGAGGGAGGGAAUGAGUGUGUGAGGGAGAACUGUACAUAUAAAUUAUUUAAAUUAUAUGAAAUGCAUGUAGUUUAUACAUGUUUAUCUAUCUAUAUAUGACGUAUGAAUAUAUUUGUGUUAUUUAUUGAAAGAAGUCUUCUUCAAAAGGAAAAAAAAUGUCUAUAAAAAGGAAUGAAACAAGCUAUGAACUCACUUUGAGACUAUAAUGCAGAGCUGGGCUGCAAAGGUGCUUCACAGUAAGACUUUACAUGUGCCUUGACCAGUGUGGCUGCAGAGCAGAGAGGUGGGACAUGGUGACUCACAGACAGACAGCAGUUGCCGCAAAUGUUUUGGGGGUGAACCCAAAAAGUGACAGAGCUGCAGGGACGCGUCCUGUCCUGUCCUGCUGACCAAUACGGAGUCCAAAUUCUUAGCAUUAACGAGGCAGAUCAUUCUAUCAGAAGCUACGAGACGUCCUACGACAAAACGCAGAUUUGAUAUUUGUGACCAAACAUAUGCAUUCACACUGCGCUCACAAUUGACACCACGUUUAUGAUUUAAUGCACAGCAAGUCCAUUUACUCCUCUGGGAGGCGGUUUUGUCAAAUGAAACUAGAAACUCCUCUUGUGGAAUCUGCUGGCAGUGACUGAUGGAGAUUCAACUGUUUGGUUUUCCACAGACCACCUUGACUCUGUUCACCAAGUUUUGCUCUCACCUGAUAUCAUGAGCUGUUUUUGUUUCUUCCUUUUAAUAAAAACUUAUAUUUCUUAAAGUUGGAAACAUUUCAUUAACAAGUAUACAUUUCAAAUGAUUGUGGUGCCAAAGACCAGGAUUCUACAGGUUUUAUACUAUAUUGCAUUUCUUUAACAACUAAUACAGCCUCCUUCAAAACCUGUUGUGACCUGCUGACUUUGCAGUUUUGGUGGUUGUGUUUCUUCACUGAGUUAUUAGACAAAUAUUAGUGGUUUUAUAUAAGCAACUGUUGCUGAAGUCCCUCACACUGCUUUUAUCCUGUUAUAAAAGGGAGUCUAUUUACUGACAUUCUGCUGCUAUUAUGUGUAAAACCUGAACUCUAAAAUACCACUUUUUUUCUCACAGCCUCUGCGUUUUACAUUUACAGCUGAAAAUCCGACAUGUCCAGACAAACAGAUUGUGAGGUUAAUGGCUUAGAUGACACCAGUGAUAACCAGUAUCUACUCAGAUCAACAGCUGAACUACUUUGGACUCAGUAAACUAAUUAGAAUUUGGUGGUCAAAGUUAAAAAGUCACAUCACUUGCAAAACCUUUUCUUGGUCAUCACUUAAGAAUUCAUGUGCUAAUGACAAAAUGUCACACAAAUGUGUAAUAAAAUGAUGAACUGAAGACA